AUGUAGAAAAAUAUUAUAGCAAUAACUUUAGAAUAAAUUGGAAAUUCAGACAAAGGAUUGAAAAAUAUUGAUAUAGGAAUAGAAAAUAAUUCAGAAGAUUCUGAAAUAUAUCUUAGGAAAGGUACUAUUAAUGAUUUAUGAUUUCUUAGCUAUGACAUUAUUUGAAAUGAAUAGAUUUGAGGAGGCUUUGGAAAAUUUUGAUUUAGCAAUUUAGAAAAAUCCAGAAAAUUCUGACAUUUAUAAAGACAAAGGUGUAAUUAAUUAUUUAUGAUUUCUUAGCUAUGACUUUAAUUGAAAUGAAUAGAUUUGAGGAGGCUUUGGAAAAUUUUGAUUUAGCAAUUUAGAAAAAUCCAGAACAUUAUGACUUGUAUAAAGGCAAAGGUACUAUUUACUAUUUCUAAUUUCUUAGCAACGACAUUAUUUAAAUUGUUUAAGUUUGAAGAAGCUUUGGAAAAUUUUGAUUUAGCAAUUUAGAAAAAUCCAGAAAAUUCUGAUGUUUAUAAAGACAGAGGUAUUAUUAAAUAUUUAUUAUUUCUUAGCUAUUACAUUAUUUACAAUGUGUAGAUUUGAAGAAGCUUUGGAAAAUUUGGAUUUAGCAAUUUAGAAAAAUCCAGAACAUUAUGACUUGUAUAAAGGCAAAGGUACUAUUUACUAUUUCUAAUUGCUUAGCAACAAUAUUAUUUGAAAUGAAUAGAUUUUAGGAAUCUUUGGAAAAUUUUGAUUUAGCACUUUAGAAAAAUCCAUAAGAUUAUGAAAUAUAUCAUGACAAAGGUACUAUUAACUAUUUAUGAUUUCUUUGCUCUUACAUUAGGACAAAUGAACAGGUUUUAGGAAUCUUUGGAAAAUUAUGAUUUAGCAAUUUAGAUAAAUCCAGAAAAUUCUGACAUUUAUAAAGACAAAGGUAUUAUUAAUUAUUUAUGAUUUCUUAGCAAUGACAUUAUUUGAAAUGAAUAGAUUUGUAGAAGCUUUGGAAAAUUUUGAUUUGGCAAUUUAGAAAAAUCCAGAACAUUAUGACUUGUAUAAAGGCAAAGGUACUAUUUACUAUUUCUUCUUUCUUAGCAACGACAUUAUUUAAAAUGUUUAGGUUUGAAGAAGCUUUGGAAAAUUUUGAUUUAGCAAUUUAGAAAAAUCCAGAACAUUAUGACUUGUAUAAAGGCAAAGGUACUAUUUACUAUUCCUGAAUUCUUAGCAAUGACAUUAACUGAAAUGUUUAGAUUUGAAGAAGCUUUUGAAAAUUUUGAUUUAGCACUUUAGAAAAAUCCAUAAGAUUAUGAAAUAUAUCAUGACAAAGGUAUUAUUAACUAUUUAUGAUUUCUUUGCUCUUACAUUAAGACAUAUGAAUAGAUUUUAGGAAUCUUUGGAAAAUGAUAAUUUAGCAAUUUAGAAAAAUCAGGAACAUUAUAACUUUUAUAAAGGCAAAGGUACUAUUAACUAUUCCUGAAUUCUUAGCAAUUACAUUAAUUAAAAUGAAUAGAUUUGAGGAAGCUUUGGAAAAUUUUGAUUUGGCAAUUUAGAAAAAUCCAGAACAUUAUGACUUGUAUAAAGGCAAAGGUACUAUUUACUAUUCCUGAAUUCUUAGCAAUGACAUUAAUUAAAAUGAAUAGAUUUGAGGAAGCUUUGGAAAAUUUUGACUUAGCACUUUAGAAAAAUCCAUAAGAUUAUGAAAUAUAUCAUGACAAAGGUAUUAUGAAUUAUUUAAGAUUUCUUAGCUAUGACAUUAUUUAAAAUGUUUAGAUUUUAAGAAGCUUUGAAAAAUUUGGAUUCAGCAAUUUAGAAAAAUCCGGAACAUUAUGACUUGUAUCAUGGCAAAGGUACUAUUAACUAUGAGUCAUUUCAUAGCUAUCACAUUAAUUGAAUUGAAUAGAUUUGAUGAAGCUUUGGAAAAUUUUGAUUUAGCAAUUUAGUAAAACCCAGAACACUAUGACUUGUAUAAAGGCAAAGGUACUAAUAACUAUUUAUGAUUUCUUUGCUUUUACAUUAUUUAAAAUGUUUAGAUUUGAAGAAGCCUUGGAAAAUCUUGAUUUAGCAAUUUAGAAAAAUCCAGAAAAUUCUGACAUUUAUAAAGACAAGGGUAUUAUUAAAGAUUUCUGAUUUCUUAGCUAUGACAUUAAGACAAAUGAAUAGAUUUUAGGAAUCUUUGGAAAAUUUUGAUUUAGCAAUUCAGAAAAAUCCAAAAAAUUCUGACAUUUAUAAAGGCAAAGGUAUCAUUAAAGAUUUCUGAUUUCUUAGCUAGGACAUUAUUUAAAAUGUUUAGAUUUGAAGAUGCUUUGGAAAAUUUUGAUUUAGCACUUUAAAGAAAUCCAUAAGAUUAUGAAAUAUAUCAUGGCAAAGGUACUAUUAACUAUUUAUGAUUUCUAAGCUAUUACAUUAGAACAAAUGCAUAGAUAUUAGGAAUGUUUGGUAAAUUAUGAUUUAGCAAUUCAUAUAAAUCCCGAACAUUAUGACUUGUAUAAAGGCAAAGGUACGAUUUACUGUUUCUGAUUUCUUAGCAACGAUAUUAUUUAAAAUGUUUAGAUUUGAAGAAGCUUUGGAAAAUUUUGAUUCAGCAAUUUAGAAAAAUCCAGAACAUUAUGACUUGUAUCAUGGCAAAGGUACUAUUAAGUAUUUAUGAUUUCUAAGCUAUUACAUUAAGAAUAAUGAAUAGACUUUAAGAAUCAAUGGAAAAUAUUGAUUUAGCAAUUUAGAAAAAUCCAGAACAUUAUGACAUGUAUAAAUGCAAAGGUAAUAUUUACUAUUUUUCAUUUCUUAGCUAUGAUAUUAUUUAAAAUGUUUAGAUUUGAAGAAGCCUUGGAAUAUUUUGAUUUAGCAAUUUAGAUAAAUCCAGAAAAUUCUGACAUUUAUAAAGACAAAGGUGUAAUUAAUUAUUUAUGAUUUCUUAGCAAUGACAUUAAUUGAAAUGAAGAGAUUUGAUGAAGCUUUAGAAAAUUUUCACUUAGCAAUUUAGAAAAAUCCAGAGCAUUAUGACUUGUAUAAAGGCAAAGGUACUAUUUACUAUUUAUGAUUUCUUAGCAACGACAUUAUUUAAAAUGUUUAGAUUUGAAGAAGCCUUGGAAAAUUUUGAUUUAGCAAUUUAGAAAAAUCCAGAAAAUUCUGACAUUUAUAAAGACAAAGGUAUUAUUAAGUAUUUAUGAUUUCUUAGCAAUGACAUUAUUUGAAAUGAAUAGAUUUGAAGAAGCUUUGGAAAAUUUUGAUUUAGCAAUUUAGAAAAAUCCAGAACAUUAUGACUUGUAUAAUGGCAAAGGUACUCUUCACUAUUUAUGAUUUCUUAGCUAUUACAUUAAGACAAAUGAAUAGAUUUCAGGAAUCUUUGGACAAUUUUGAUUUAGCAAUUUAGAAAAAUCCAGAACAUUAUGACUUGUAUAAUGGCAAAGGUACUCUUCACUAUUUAUGAUUUCUUAGCUAUUACAUUAAGACAAAUGAAUAGAUUUCAGGAAUCUUUGGACAAUUUUGAUUUAGCAAUUUAGAAAAAUCCAGAACAUUAUGACUUGUAUAAUGGCAAAGGUACUCUUCACUAUUUAUGAUUUCUUAGCUAUUACAUUAAGACAAAUGAAUAGAUUUCAGGAAUCUUUGGACAAUUUUGAUUUAGCAAUUUAGAAAAAUCCAGAACAUUAUGACUUGUAUAAUGGCAAAGGUACUCUUCACUAUUUAUGAUUUCUUAGCUAUUACAUUAAGACAAAUGAAUAGAUUUCAGGAAUCUUUGGACAAUUUUGAUUUAGCAAUUUAGAAAAAUCCAGAACAUUAUGACUUGUAUAAUGGCAAAGGUACUCUUCACUAUUUAUGAUUUCUUAGCUAUUACAUUAAGACAAAUGAAUAGAUUUCAGGAAUCUUUGGACAAUUUUGAUUUAGCAAUUUAGAAAAAUCCAGAACAUUAUGACUUGUAUAAUGGCAAAGGUACUCUUCACUAUUUAUGAUUUCUUAGCUAUUACAUUAAGACAAAUGAAUAGAUUUCAGGAAUCUUUGGACAAUUUUGAUUUAGCAAUUUAGAAAAAUCCAGAACAUUAUGACUUGUAUAAUGGCAAAGGUACUCUUCACUAUUUAUGAUUUCUUAGCUAUUACAUUAAGACAAAUGAAUAGAUUUCAGGAAUCUUUGGACAAUUUUGAUUUAGCAAUUUAGAAAAAUCCAGAACAUUAUGACUUGUAUAAAGGCAAAGGUACUAUUUACUAUUUAUGAUUUCUUAGCAACGACAUUAUUUAAAAUGUUUAGAUUUGAAGAAGCCUUGGAAAAUUUUGAUUUAGCAAUUUAGAAAAAUCCAGAAAAUUCUGACAUUUAUAAAAACAGGGGUAUUAUUAAAGAUUUCUGAUUUCUUAGCAAUGACAUUAUUUAAAAUGCUUAGGUUUGAAGAAGCCUUGGAAAAUUUUGAUUUAGCAAUUUAGAAAAAUCCAGAAAAUUCUGACAUUUAUAAAGACAAAGGUAUUAUUCAGUAUUUAUGAUUUCUUAGCAAUGACAUUAUUUGAAAUGAAUAGAUUUGAAGAAGCUUUGGAAAAUUUUGAUUUAGCAAUUUAGAAAAAUCCAGAACAUUAUGACUUGUUUACUGGCAAAGGUACUCUUCACUAUUUAUGAUUUCUUAGCUAUUACAUUAAGACAAAUGAAUAGAUUUCAGGAAUCUUUGGACAAUUUUGAUUUAGCAAUUUAGAAAAAUCCAGAACAUUAUGACUUGUAUAAAGGCAAAGGUACUAUUUACUAUUUAUGAUUUCUUAGCUAUUACAUUAAGACAUAUGAAUAGAUUUUAGGAAUCUUUUGAAAAUUUUGAUUUAGCAAUUCAGAAAAGCCCAGAACAUUAUGACUUGUAUAAAGGCAAAGGUACUAUUGACUAUUUAUGAUUUCUUAGCAACGACAUUAUUUAAAAUGUUUAGAUUUGAAGAAGCCUUGGAAAAUUUUGAUUUAGCAAUUUUGAAAAAACCAGAAAAUUCUGACAUUUAUAAAGACAAAGGUAUUAUUAAUGAUUUUGAUUUCUUAGCUAUGACAUUAUUUAAAAUGUUUAGAUUUGAAGAAGCCUUGGAAAAUUUUGAUUUAGCAAUUUAGAACAAUCCAGAAAAUUCUGACUUGUAUCAUGGCAAAGGUACUAUUAACUAUUUAUGAUUUCUAAGCCAUUACAUUAAAACAAAUGCAUAGAUUUUAGGAAUCUUUGGAAAAUUUUAAUUUAGCAAUUUAUAAAAAUUCCGAAAAUUCUGACAUUUAUAAAGACAAAGGUAUUAUUAAAGAUUUCUGAUUUCUUAGCAAUGACAUUAUUUGAAAUGAAUAGAUUUGAAGAAGCUUUGGAAAAUUUUGAUUUAGCAAUUUAGAAAAAUCCAGAACCUUAUGACUUGUUUACUGGCAAAGGUACUCUUCACUAUUUAUGAUUUCUUAGCUAUUACAUUAAGACAAAUGAAUAGAUUUCAGGAAUCUUUGGACAAUUUUGAUUUAGCAAUUUAGAAAAAUCCAGAACAUUAUGACUUGUAUAAUGGCAAAGGUACUCUUCACUAUUUAUGAUUUCUUAGCUAUUACAUUAAGACAAAUGAAUAGAUUUCAGGAAUCUUUGGACAAUUUUGAUUUAGCAAUUUAGAAAAAUCCAGAACAUUAUGACUUGUAUAAAGGCAAAGGUACUAUUUACUAUUUAUGAUUUCUUAGCUAUUACAUUAAGACAUAUGAAUAGAUUUUAGGAAUCUUUUGAAAAUUUUGAUUUAGCAAUUCAGAAAAGCCCAGAACAUUAUGACUUGUAUAAAGGCAAAGGUACUAUUGACUAUUUAUGAUUUCUUAGCAACGACAUUAUUUAAAAUGUUUAGAUUUGAAGAAGCCUUGGAAAAUUUUGAUUUAGCAAUUUAGAAAAAUCCAGAAAAUUCUGACAUUUAUAAAGACAAAGGUAUUAUUCAGUAUUUAUGAUUUCUUAGCAAUGACAUUAUUUGAAAUGAAUAGAUUUGAAGAAGCUUUGGAAAAUUUUGAUUUAGCAAUUUAGAAAAAUCCAGAACCUUAUGACUUGUUUACUGGCAAAGGUACUCUUCACUAUUUAUGAUUUCUUAGCUAUUACAUUAAGACAAAUGAAUAGAUUUCAGGAAUCUUUGGACAAUUUUGAUUUAGCAAUUUAGAAAAAUCCAGAACAUUAUGACUUGUAUAAAGGCAAAGGUACUAUUUACUAUUUAUGAUUUCUUAGCUAUUACAUUAAGACAUAUGAAUAGAUUUUAGGAAUCUUUUGAAAAUUUUGAUUUAGCAAUUCAGAAAAGCCCAGAACAUUAUGACUUGUAUAAAGGCAAAGGUACUAUUGACUAUUUAUGAUUUCUUAGCAACGACAUUAUUUAAAAUGUUUAGAUUUGAAGAAGCCUUGGAAAAUUUUGAUUUAGCAAUUUAGAACAAUCCAGAAAAUUCUGACUUGUAUCAUGGCAAAGGUACUAUUAACUAUUUAUGAUUUCUAAGCCAUUACAUUAAAACAAAUGCAUAGAUUUUAGGAAUCUUUGGAAAAUUUUAAUUUAGCAAUUUAUAAAAAUUCCGAAAAUUCUGACAUUUAUAAAGACAAAGGUAUUAUUAAAGAUUUCUGAUUUCUUAGCAAUGACAUUAUUUGAAAUGAAUAGAUUUGAAGAAGCUUUGGAAAAUUUGGAUUUAGCAAUUUAGAAAAAUCCAGAACAUUAUGACUUGUAUAAUGGCAAAGGUACUAUUCACUAUUUAUGAUUUCUUAGCUAUUACAUUAAAACAUAUGAAUAGAUUUUAGGAAUCUUUGGAAAAUUUUGAUUUAGCAAUUUAGAAAAACCCAGAACAUUAUGACUUGUAUAAUGGCAAAGGUACAAUUCACUAUUUAUGAUUUCUUAGCUAUUACAUUAAGACAAAUGAAUAGAUUUGAAGACGCUUUGGAAAAUUUGGUUUUAGCAAUUUAGAAAAAUCCAGAAAAUUCUGACAUUUAUAAAAACAAAGGUAUUAUUAAAUAUUUAUUAUAUCUUAGCUAUUACAUUAAGACAAAUGAAUAGAUUUGAAGAUGUUUUGCCAAAUUAUGAUACAGCAAUUUAGAAAUAUCUAGAACAUUAUGACUUGUACAUAAGCAACGGUACUCUUAACUAUUUAUGAUUUUUUAGCCUAUGAAAACUAGAAUACCCAAAUUUCUAUAGAUUAAGAUUUAAAUGGAAAAGGUAUAAUGCUAUUUCUAUAAAUUUUUAGAUUAUGCCUUAUAAAUUCUACUAGAUACCAAUAUAUAAGAUGACUAAAAUUCUAGAAGCAAUAGAAAUUUUACACCAUAAUUUAAUUAUUAGAAAUGA